AUGAACGCAUUGGAACCGGGACUUCAGCGUCCGUAUAAGAUCUGGUCGUGCAAUCGCGAGAUCCGCAAGUCAGUGGUCGCCCAAUCACUUCUUGAGUUCAAAGUCCGCGCGGCAGAGAAGUUAGGCUACGAUAAUGUGUCGGACCUGAGAGUGGUGUUGGAGUCGGACGGAACCGAAGUGGAAGACGACACGUACUUCCAGACGGCAGAGAAGGACACCAUUUUCCUGUUGCUCAAGUCCCAGGAGCGCUGGUUGCCUCCAGGUGUUGAAGCACUUAAAGCCGCAAUAAACGCAAUCCCGAAGAUAGUAUGCGAUGCGCUGAAGACCCUGGAACUGGUCAACUGUCCGCCCACUUGGAGUAUUAAAGACGAGAAGGGAAACGUGACGGUUGUCCUCAAUUGGGAUCAGAGGGAUCGCUACAAAAAGGGCGGCGAUUAUGCGGAACCCUCCUCGUGGAGGGUAGAAGUUCUCACUUCACAACCAUCUGAUGCUCAAUAUUCAUCACAAGCUAUACCCCUCAGCUCAACUGCCAGCACCAGUCGUGCCAAAGUAUCACUCGAUGGUCUCAAACAGAGACCUAUCACAAGAACACUGCCAUUUAGGACACUGUCCACUGAGGAUGAAGACGACGACUUUGAACGCAUAGAGCAGUUAAGUCCGUCGGCAGACUUAGAUCACGACCACUCUCUCUGUGACUUCCAUUGCGCUGCUCUUCACAGAGGGGGCGGACAGAUAAGUGUACGUCUAGUUGACACCAACUCUUUCACAUGCCUUUCCAAUCAUUUAAUCAUAUCAUAUGUCGUCCAACAGGUGAACAGAUCCGCUACCACUUCACCCGUUCAGGAAGCGAUCGGUUCCAUACCUCUGUUGAGUGGUAUCUCAUCGUCUGCCGAAAGCAUUGAUGCGAUGCGGGCUACAGGAGCCAUACCUAAGAAGCCGAGUGCCGUGAAGGGUCACGUGAGGUUCAUGGAUACCGAACCCACGAGAAUCGAGAUCUCAAACAAUAACUCGGAUUCAGAGACCGAGACGACGGAGAGAGAAGACGAACAGUUUUGUGAACGAUAUCUACUUCUUGUCGACCAGUUAUCGGCCGAACAGAAGAGGCAUUUGAAUGUAAAGGACAUCGGAGUGAUAUUAGAGCGCCUCAGCUCUAAGAUUGUAGACAUCGAUAAGUUGGAGAGAGAGAAGGAGAGUCAGGACUGCCAUAAUUGGGUGAUUAAGGCCACCAUCAGAGGCGAAGUGUUACGAGAGGUGGGAAUCAUAUACAACGGUCACUACUACUGUAUUGCCGAACAUCCGGGAUAUUUCUGA